AUGUUCACCACGCUCAUCCACACCUUUGUCCUCCUCCUCACCGCCACCGCGGCCCUCGCCGCCCCGGCCGGCCACAAGUGGCCCCGCUUCACCGUCCCCCAGCAGCACUUUGAGGUCCUCAGCAUGCGGAGCCAGGAGCCCGUGAACCUGGCCGCGGUGGUGGAAGCGACCUGCAUCGACCGCAACGCCCACAUUGUCUUCCACGACCAGAACGCUGCCGAGCUCGCCAUCUGCGGCGGCAUCUCGGGCGGCGUCGCUGCCUGCCAGGGCAGCCCCGUCACGACCGUCGGCCAGGCCGGCUCCGCGCGCUUCGACCUCAAGACCACCGUCGAGGGCGCGUCCAUCAACAUCGCAAAGGCCAAGUGGGAGCAGUGCGUCCGCGCCGCCCGCGACAAGUGCCCCACCGGCAGCGUCCGCGCCGUCUGCGCCGGCGGCGCCACGUCCGGGAACGUCGAGUUCACGCUGGAGAACUCCCAGAGCGGCGGCGGCGAGCUGUAA